AUGGCGGAAACCGCACAUGGAACAGGUCGCACCCGCGCAUCCACUUCCCGUAGAGCCAAAGCAGAUACUCUUGCCGCCAGUAUGGACAGGAAACCCAUUUCCCCGCCGGCCUCCAACUCCCCUCCAAGCCAUGGGGUUAGGUCCAAGUCGACACAGAACAAGCUCCGGUCCACCAGGCAGCGCUCUCGACCUGGGUCUGAACCGGUAAACGCGGACGCGCUGGCACGAGCGCUCCAAGACUUUGAAGACGCCGGCCGUCAGCGUGAAAGAACACCGGGCAGUAGCCCAAGCCGGAAACGACAAAGGGUUUAUGGUGAUAGGUUUAUACCCAAUCGUGAUGGACAAGACUUACAAGCUGGAUUCAGCUUACUUCAUGAAGACGGCUGUCCGUCGACCCCGUCAAAGACAAAGAAAAAGUCAACCCACGGCGAAAUUCACUCUCAGAAAACGGAGGAGGCCAAUCGGACGUACUCUAGGGUGCUUCGAAACGAAUUCUUCGGCUCUACCAUUCCUCAGCCCGACAUACACUCUCUCUCACCUAAUCCAAUCCCCGGCCGUUCCAGCGUCUCUAGGGAUUUCAGCUCUAAUACCCCUCAGUCACAUAAGGUUGCUAUGUCUCUACCCCCGGCUAGCAUCACUCCUUCCACCCCCAGCAAGAAUCUACUCUCCUAUACCUCCCCAAGAAAUGUUUCUGGGAACCCUACCCCAUCUCGAACACCACGCGGCCAGCAUGGCCCUAAUUUCGAUGCCCGCUCCGACUUGUAUAGCCUCUCCCCCAUCCGAUUUGACAGUCAACAAAUUCUUCAAAGUCUCCGAAAACAGCCUCGAUAUGUGAACAAAGUACCAUUUAAGGUCUUAGAUGCUCCUGACCUCACAGACGAUUUCUACCUAAAUCUUGUAGAUUGGGGUAGUAGCAAUAUAUUAGGUGUUGGCCUAGGAUCUGCAGUUUAUAUGUGGGAUUCAAUCAACGGCCAUGUUACAAAACUGUGUCAACUGGAAGAUGAUACGGUGACCAGCGUCAAUUGGAUCCAACGAGGAACACACCUUGCCAUUGGGACGGGUAAAGGGCUGGUUCAGAUUUGGGAUGCCGAGCACUGUCGCCGACUACGGACGAUGACAGGCCAUACUCUCCGUGUAGGGGCAUUAGCCUGGAACGAUCACAUCCUCACAUCAGGGUCCCGUGAUCGUCUCAUAUUUCAUCGAGAUGUUCGCUCUCCCGACCAGUAUCUUCGCCGACUUGCAGGUCACAAGCAAGAAGUUUGUGGCCUCAAGUGGAACACAGAUGACGGCCAACUCGCUUCUGGCGGUAACGACAAUAAACUAAUAGUCUGGGACAAGCUUAACGAAGCGCCUUUGUACCGAUUCACAGACCAUACUGCCGCUGUCAAGGCAAUAGCAUGGUCUCCACAUCAACAUUCCCUAUUGGCUUCUGGGGGAGGAACUGCGGACCGGACAAUUAAAUUCUGGAACACGUCAACAGGCUCUCUAAUAAAAGAAGUCGAUACAGGAAGCCAAGUGUGCAAUUUAGCGUGGUCCAAGAAUUCGGAUGAGAUUGUCAGCACUCAUGGCUACAGCCAGAAUCAGAUUGUGGUAUGGAAAUAUCCACGGAUGGAGCAGGUCGUCUCACUCACCGGCCAUACUUUCCGAGUCCUUUAUCUUGCCAUGAGUCCCGAUGGCCAGACGGUCGUGACUGGUGCUGGUGACGAGACCCUGCGGUUCUGGAAAAUAUUUAAUAAGAAAGGCCUGAAACAGCAAGAUCGGGAAAGCAGGCUAGCCAGCUAUUCGACAAUACGGUAG